CUCAAUGCUAGCUGUGGCAGAUGGCAACGGAUCAUAUGGCGGCAGCAGCAGCUCUAGAAUGAGUAAUAAUAUCAAUUUGAAUAAAAAACCGGACUCUUUUGUUUCUAUAUCGAAGAUGGACCUGAUCAUCCCGUUCUCACCAGACGUACCCUGUGACAACAAUGGUCAGCGCAUGUGGUGGGCUUUCCUCGCCUCAUCCAUGGUGACGUUCUUUGGGGGUCUCUUCAUCAUUCUCCUGUGGAGGACCCUUAAGUACCUGUGGACGGUCUGCUGCCAUUGCAACAUCAAAAACAAGGAGGCACAGAAGGUGAAUAACCCUAUGAACAGUCAGGCUGAUGGCCAACCGAAGAACCCGAAUGAUAAAGAUGACGCCCCAGCCAGCGAGGUGGGCUGGAUGACCUCAGUCAAAGACUGGGCGGGGGUCAUGAUCUCAGCACAGACCCUUACCGGCAGAGUUCUGGUGGUGUUGGUCUUUGCACUCAGCAUCGGAGCUCUGGGAAUAUACUUCAUAGAUUCUUCGGAUCCUAUAGAAUCCUGUCAGAAUUUCUACAAAGACUUCACGUUACAAAUUGACAUGGCAUUCAACGUGUUCUUCUUACUCUACUUUGGCCUGCGUUUCAUAGCAGCCAAUGAUAAGCUGUGGUUCUGGUUGGAGGUGAACUCAGUGGUGGACUUCUUUACAGUACCGCCCGUGUUUGUGUCAGUGUAUCUGAACAGGAGCUGGCUGGGUCUGAGGUUUCUAAGAGCCUUGAGAUUGAUACAGUUCUCAGAAAUUUUACAGUUUUUGAAUAUCUUAAAAACAAGUAAUUCCAUCAAGCUGGUGAACCUGUGUUCCAUCUUCAUAAGCACAUGGCUCACUGCUGCAGGAUUCAUUCAUCUGGUGGAAAACUCAGGGGAUCCAUGGGAAAACUUCCAAAACUCUCAACCGCUCUCAUAUUGGGAAUGUGUGUACUUAUUAAUGGUCACCAUGUCCACGGUGGGAUAUGGAGAUGUCUAUGCAAGAACCACUCUUGGACGCCUUUUCAUGGUCUUCUUCAUUCUCGGUGGUCUGGCCAUGUUUGCUCGCUACGUGCCAGAAAUUGCUGCUCUCAUCCUUAAUCGGAAGAAAUACGGAGGGAGUUAUAACUCAGCACGAGGCAGAAAGCACAUUGUGGUCUGUGGUCAUAUCACGCUCGAAAGUGUUUCCAACUUCCUUAAAGACUUCCUACACAAGGACAGGGAUGAUGUCAAUGUAGAAAUUGUUUUUCUUCAUAAUAUUUCCCCUAAUCUUGAGCUGGAAGCCUUGUUCAAACGUCACUUCACUCAGGUGGAAUUCUAUCAAGGAUCGGUCCUCAACCCGCAUGAUCUAGCAAGAGUAAAGAUCGAGUCAGCGGACGCCUGCUUGAUUCUUGCAAACAAAUACUGUGCAGACCCCGAUGCUGAAGAUGCCUCUAAUAUCAUGAGAGUAAUAUCUAUCAAGAACUACCAUCCAAAGAUCAGAAUAAUCACUCAAAUGUUGCAGUACCACAACAAGGCCCAUCUGCUAAACAUUCCCAGCUGGAACUGGAAGGAGGGUGAUGAUGCGAUCUGCCUGGCCGAGCUGAAGGCAGGCUUCAUAGCCCAGAGCUGCCUGGCACAGGGCCUGUCCACCAUGCUCGCCAACCUCUUCUCCAUGAGGUCAUAUAUCAAGAUUGAGGAGGACACAUGGCAGAAGUAUUAUCUGGAGGGAGUGGCCAAUGAAAUGUACACGGAGUACCUGUCCAGUGCCUUUGUGGGGCUUUCAUUUCCUACAGUUUGUGAGCUGUGCUAUGUGAAGCUCAAGUUGUUGUUGAUCGCUGUUGAGUACAAGUCAGAGCAGAGGGAAAGCAGUAUUCUGAUCAACCCGGGAAAUCAUGUUAAGAUGCAGGAGGGGACACUGGGAUUCUUCAUCGCCAGUGAUGCCAAAGAGGUGAAAAGAGCAUUUUUCUACUGCAAAGCAUGUCAUGAUGACAUCACAGAUCCCAAAAGGAUUAAAAAGUGUGGCUGCAAGAGAAUGACAUAUUCCAAGAUGUCCGUCUACAAGCGAAUGAAACUGGCAUGUUGUUUUGAUUGCGGGCACUCUGAGCGCGACUGCUCGUGCAUGUCAGGCAGUGUACAUAGUAACAUGGACAGUCUUCAGAGGGCCUUCCCACUUUCUUCUGUCUCUGUUCAUGAUUGCUCAACCAGUUUACGUGCCUCCAAAUAUAAGUUUAACGGAUAUGUCAGAUCACUCGAAGAUGAGCAUCCGUCAACACUGUCGCCCAAAAAGAAGCAACGCAACGGAGGCAUGCGAAAUUCACCCAACUGCUCACCCAAAAUGAUGAGGCACGACCCUCUACUCAUUCCGGGAAAUGAGCAGAUUGAGAACAUGGAUGCUAAUGUGAAAAUAUACGACUCUACUGGAAUGUUUCACUGGUGUCCGUCCAAAGAUAUUGAGAAGGUCAUUCUGACACGCAGCGAGGCCUCCAUGACGGUUUUAAGUGGACAUGUAGUAGUCUGUAUAUUUGGAGAUGUCACGUCAGCUUUAGUGGGGCUUCGAAACUUGGUGAUGCCUUUGAGAGCAAGCAACUUCCAUUACCACGAGCUAAAGCCCAUCGUGUUUGUGGGCUCAUUAGAUUAUCUGAGAAGAGAGUGGGAAACCCUUCACAACUUCCCUAAAGUCUCCAUCUUACCUGGUACGCCAUUAAGUCGAGCUGAUUUAAGGGCCGUCAACAUCAACCUCUGUGACAUGUGCGUUAUCCUGUCAGCCAAUCAGAACAAUAUCGAUGAUGCUUCACUGCAGGACAAGGAAUGCAUCUUGGCGACUCUUAACAUCAAAUCUAUGCAGUUUGAUGACAGCAUUGGGGUCUUGCAGGCUAAUUCCCAAGGUUUCACACCUCCAGGGAUGGAUAGGUCAUCUGCAGAUAACAGUCCAGUGCACGGCUUAGUGCGGCAGGCAUCCAUCACCACGGGAUCAAACAUCCCGAUCAUAACUGAACUCGUGAAUGACUCCAACGUUCAGUUUUUGGACCAAGACGACGAUGACGACCCAGAUACGGAGCUGUAUCUGACCCAGCCGUUUGCCUGCGGUACCGCGUUCGCCAUCAGCGUGUUGGACUCCCUGAUGAGUGCGACAUACUUCAAUGAUAAUAUCCUCACCCUGAUCCGGACACUGGUCACAGGAGGCGCCACUCCGGAGCUGGAGGGCCUGCUGGCUGAGGAGAAUGCACUGAGAGGUGGCUACAGCACGCCGCAGACGCUGGCUAACAGGGACAGGUGUCGGGUCGCCCAGCUGGCCCUCUACGAUGGGCCCUUCGCAGACUUGGGGGAUGGUGGUUGCUACGGAGACUUAUUUUGUAAAGCAUUAAAAACGUACAACAUGCUGUGCUUUGGAAUCUAUAGAUUGCGAGAUGCACAUUUAUGUGCAACUAGCCAGUGCACAAAAAGAUAUGUCAUCACAAACCCGCCUUAUGAGUUUGAGCUGGUGCCCACGGACCUGAUCUUCUGUCUGAUGCAGUUUGACCACAACGCGGGCCAGUCCCGAGCGAGCCUGUCCCACUCCUCCCAUUCCUCUCAUUCAUCCAGCAAGAAGAGCUCAUCUGUUCACUCCAUCCCCGCCACGAACCGGCAGAACCGCAGCAGCAAAGCACGUGAAGCCCGUGACAAACAGAAUGCAACAAGGAUGAAUAGAAUGGGCCCAGAAAAGAGAUGGUUUACAGAUGAAGCAGAAAACGCAUACCCAAGGAACAUUCAAAUCAAGCCCAUGAGCACUCACAUGGCCAACCAAAUCAAUCAGUACAAAUCCACUAGCAGUCUGAUUCCACCUAUCCGAGAAGUCGAAGAUGAAUGCUGAACGAAUCCUUUACCAUUACGGAGGGACUUGGGUCAUCCUGCUGUAAAAGACGAGCGCUAAUCGCGAAACCAUGACUGUGAUGAUGGCGACACAUUGUUCUUCCCUUGUUCGACUCGAGGGUUUGAAGCGAUUGAGAACUGGAAGGGACUUCCUAUGUGUAUACCUUUAAUGUUACUUCCAUACUUUUAUAUAUGUAUACAUAGUGAUGUACAUAAUGACAAUCAAGUAAGGAUUGUACAGCCCCCAGCAUUUUUUGAAAUUGUUAACAGGCAAACAAA